AGCAAAUAUUAUAUACCAAAUAAACUAUGUUAGUCAAAUAAUUUCACAAACAAAUCGUUCUUCUUUUUUUUCUUCUUAAUAUUUUAUUCUUGGGAAUUGAAUCUGAUUUUUAUAUUUCAAUCUUGGCAGUCAACUUGAUUUUUAAUAUUGUAUUUUUUUCCUUGGUAGUCAAUUUGUUUUUUCUUAACUACUAGUUUGAUUGUUGAAUAAAUCUUCACAAUUCAAACACUAUAUACACUUAUCUUGAUACCAACCUCUCCAAACAAACCAACCUUUGAAACUUCUCCAAAACCAUUCACCAUUUUCAUUUCCAAAGUCUCAAUAUUUGGUUUCUCCAAACCAUCAUAUACCAUAUUCUUUCACUCAUCAUCCCUUUUUAAAUUUCCUUCCAACUUUACAUUUCAUCAUUGGACUAAAAUUUUUAAAUUUUAUUUCAUUCCAUAAUUCAUAUCUUCACAAUUUAACUUCCUUUUCAUCUUAUUAACUAUUUCUUUUUUAACUCUUAAAUAAUUUGACUUAAUUUUUUGCUAUUAACCUUUUGAGUUUUGGUAACCCUUUUAAGCCUUCUAUUCUUCUGUUUUCAAUUUACUAUCAAAAAAUCAUUUUAUUUCUUCUAGUAAAAAAUUUUCAUUUUAGAAUUUUGAGUGUUAUUUUUUAUUUUCAUAUAUCUAUUUUAUUUGAAUGAAAUGGUUGUUGAUAUUUUUUCAGAAAAUUGUGGUGUUGUAGCAAUGAGUCCAAGAAUUUCAUUCUCACAUGAUUUUUCUCAACAAGGUGUAAUACCAAUUGAAAAACACCCUUUAAGAUCAAAUUCAAGUGGUUUAAAUUCAAGCAUGGAUUUUGAUUUUUGUGUCAAUGAAAAUUCAGAACUUGAAUCAUCUUCAGCCGAUGAGCUUUUUUCAGAUGGUAUUAUUCUUCCAACUGAAAUCAAGAAGAAAAAAAAUAUUCCUUUGAAGCAAACACCAAUUCAACCAACAAUACCUCAAAAUUAUGCAUUACCACCACUUUAUGCAAAUGGAAGCAAAAACUCAAAGAAAAUGAGCACAAAAGAUGUGAAAGAGUUGAAUAUUAAUGAUGAAGUGGAUGAGAAGCAUAAUUCGAAUUCUAAUAAGUCAUUUUGGGGAUUCAAGAGAAGUAGUAGUUGUGGAAGUGGAUAUGCUAGAAGUUUAUGUCCUUUGCCACUUCUUUCUAAAAGCAAUUCAACUGGUUCUUCAACAAGUGUUAAGGGGGUGCAAAUAUCAAAGGAAGGUUCUAAUGUUAAGCAAAAUUCAAAGAAAAAUUCAUCCACUACAAGAUCAUCUCAUUCUAUUGGUUCAAAUAAUCAACAAAAGCCUCCUUUGAAGAGAAGUUAUGGUAAUAGUGUUAGAGUUACUCCUGUUUUGAAUGUUCCUUAUUCAAACCUUUUUGGUUUUGCUUCAAUCUUCUCCAACAAUAGAGAUAAGAGCAAGAAGAAGUAACCAAUUGCGGUUGACACAUAUGGUUAGGUCUUCCGCCGACACUAGCUGUGACUGGUGACUUUAGUCUGGGUUGAGCAAUCAGUAGGUUAUACGUAGAUUUCAUGGUAAAUUUUAAUAAGUUGGUGAUUUUCUUUUAUCUUGUACGAGGGUGUUAAAAAGUGUAAGAAAAUGUAAUUUUGGUAUUUUGAAAAAAAGUAGUUCAGUAGUUUUAAAUUUUACUAAUUUGCAAAUUGGUGGGGUCUAUAUAUUUUUUUAUAUUAUAUGUUUCCAUGAUUUGGCUUGUGAUAAGGAAAAUUAGGUGUAGUUUACAUAAGUUAAAGUUUUGAAAGGUAAAAUGUUUGCAUCAAGAAGACAAAAUGGUAAGAAAAAGAUGUUUGGGAAUGGGAUGGACAAAUAAUGAUGUAAUUGAAGCACAUGAUUUAGGGGACACAAUGUUAAAUGUUGCUUUCAUGGCUGUCCUA